AUGGCAAACCUAGAUUGUUUUACACAUGCAGUGUUAGCAAGAGAAGUCUCUAAUGCUGAAGAAUACAAAGUGCAUAAGGUAAGACAACAUGAAGAGGAUGAUACAGAGGUCUCAGAGGUGAUUAUUGCAUUGCAAGCCUUAUAUGAUUAUGAGUCUAAUAAUAAGAUGAAAGGAUGGAAUACAAUUGCUUGUUCAGAUGCAUGUGGUCAUAUGCACAGUUUGAGCUCACUGGUGGUGCAGAUGUUUAUGUUUGAUCUUCUCAACAGCUUGCCUCACCUUUGCCUGUCAGAUAACCAUCUAAAGACACUUCUAAAUAAGUUUUAUUCUAUGAGUCCUAUCACAACUCUUUGCCUCGAUUGGACAAAUUCUCUGGUUCAACUGCAUAUUCAUUUAUUUGCUGAGAUUGCCAGUGUGUCAGUGAACACUAUCAGACUGAAUGCUUUUAAAAUGAAGACAUUGAUCUUUUACAGCUCAUUUAGGCUUCAAGAUGGCUGUCUUGUCAUCUCAUUGAAAUGGCUCUGCAAGCUGAAACAUGAUAGUUCAACAGAAAUAUAUUGUGCAGAUGUGUAUAUUCUGGAGCAAGAGGCUGGUAUCAGUCUUCUGAAGCUAGCAAAAAUGUGCUGCUUAAGUUUGUUGGUAGAAUCUGCUGCUUAUUUUUAA